AUGAAUGAACAUGAGCUAGAACAACAGACCGAUGAGCAAGCGAUGCUAGCCGUCGACCAGACCCCCACACGAGAGCAGCGUAAAGCCGCACGACGCUUCGAAAAGUUCGAAAGAAGAGCCAUAAGAAACCGCAUAGCCCAUCUCGACCGACUGCUCGCACGCGCAAGGGAGAAUGCAUACAAGGCUCAUUACCGCGCGGCCGAUCUGAGCAAAAAGAUCGAGGAAGAACGACCAGCCCUCAUCGAGGCCUUGCUUCCAUACGAAAGGCGCAAAGCAGCAAGAUCGAAGGAAAAAGCCAAAAAGCACCACACAGAGCUCCUUGGCCGCUUCUUCCGCCUGCCGAGAGAGAUCCGCGACUUAAUUUACCACCACGCCUGGAGCGGCACGAUAAUCCCCUUCUACCAAGAGCUAACCUGGAACUUCGCGGAGCGCGAUACUAUCCCCUCCGGCCCUAUCAUUACGGCUGAGUAUUCGUCUACUGGCACAUACAUAGCUAGCCUGAUACAGCUACCGCCAUGGGAUCUUGCAAUACUAGAGGACGCAGACACCUGCAAGGGACCUAGACACGCGCAAGAGUACGCAUGGAUAUGGACUAGCCAGCAGAUCUUCUCGGAGUCUACGGAGCAAUUCUAUCGCUAUACACAGUUCGCGCGGGCUCCGCGGCCUGAGCGUUACUACUAUCACACAUGCGCGCAUAUUGUUCCACGGCGCAAGAUCUACGAGUCGGCAUACGCCUUCCCGAAUAUCCUCCAGGCACGCCGCGUAUUGCUCGAUGUGGGAUACGAAAUAUGCCUUGACGUUAUCAACCAUGGUAUAUCGGCCUCGAUUCUGGAACUGCUGGCUAUGGCGAAGCAUGGUGAAGGGAAGAAGGCGCUGCAGGUGAGUUGGUUACGGAAUAUGGCGGACACGAAAGCUUUUCAGCUUAAGGAUUUGGUUCCGGCUAGUACGCCUCACUCUAUGGCUAGUAGAGCGUUUGAGGAGCUGGUGUUGGGGGAUUUGGAGAGGGUGGGCUGGGAGGUUGCGAUUGGGGAGCAGGAAACGUAA